CUUGCUUCAUCAUAUGGCGGUUGGCCGCCGGUUCUACCAGGUUCCCUAUAACGAGGCCAAUCAUGCGCAGACACAAGCUGUGCUGAAGCAGCUGCACCGGUGGCGAGGCCGCCCCCCGAUCUGCCAGGAGUUUGUGUCCUCAGAUUUAGUCAAACUUAUCUACUCCCUGACCAAUGAGGAGGGAAACAGACGACCAAAACUGAAGGCUGUGAAAAAGUCGUCAUGGCUCCAGAACAGAGAAACAACUGCCCCACACCUGAUGGACCAGGCCUGCCUGGCACACCGUCGGGCUGUGCUGACAGCCCGGCUGGGGAAGGAAAAAGAUCCCAACAAACUCAGAAGGAUCAGGUUGAUACUUAGUACAUGCAUGGGCACAGAGGAAAAGCCUCGCGGAGAGAGCUGAAUUCAGAUGAUGGGGGAAACAAUCAUGACGAUAUUGAGGAGAGACACAGCAACACCGGGCAUGCUGUAUGUAGCAUCCCAUCGUCACGUGUUAUUGUAGAGGGGGGACUAGAUUAACAAACAACAUGGUAGGAAUGCUUUGCUAACUGAAAGCUUAUCUUCAAGUAGUUUAGAUCUCAAGAAUUCAGCACUUUGUUAUCUUUAGGUGGAAGUAAUUGUCUCAAUUUACUAUUAAAAAAUUCUAUAAAAAAAAGAUAUGAUAUUAAUGAUAUGAACAUGUUCUUAAACGGUGUGCCAAUAAGUAAGGAAGGCCACAUCCCUUUGUACAAACACACAGUAAUGAGACAAUUACAGAAACCCGGUGGCCUGGUCCCCAAGAAAUAGGGGUAUUAUAGCAAUUGUGGAAAUGCUAUCAGAGACUGAGUAUCCGCCCCAUGGCAUAGGGGUAUAAUAUAGCUGUGGAAAUGCUAUCAGAGACUGAGUAUCCGCCCCAUGGCAUAGGGGUAUAAUAUAGCUGUGGAAAUGCUAUCAGAGACUGAGUAUCCGCCCCAUGGCAUAGGGGUAUAAUAUAGCAGCUGUGGAAAUGCUAUCAGAGACUGAGUAUCCGCCCCAUGGCAUAGGGGUAUAAUAUAGCUGUGGAAAUGCUAUCAGAGACUGAGUAUCCGCCCCAUGGCAUAGGGGUAUAAUAUAGCAGCUGUGGAAAUGCUAUCAGAGACUGAGUAUCCGCCCCAUGGCAUAGGGGUAUAAUAUAGCAGCUGUGGAAAUGCUAUCAGAGACUGAGUAUCCGCCCCAUGGCAUAGGGGUAUAAUAUAGCAGCUGUGGAAAUGCUAUCAGAGACUGAGUAUCCGCCCCAUGGCAUAGGGGUAUAAUAUAGCAGCUGUGGAAAUGCUAUCAGAGACUGAGUAUCCGCCCCAUGGCAUAGGGGUAUAAUAUAGCAGCUGUGGAAAUGCUAUCAGAGACUGAGUAUCCGCCCCAUGGCAUAGGGGUAUAAUAUAGCAGCUGUGGAAAUGCUAUCAGAGACUGAGUAUCCGCCCCAUGGCAUAGGGGUAUAAUAUAGCAGCUGUGGAAAUGCUAUCAGAGACUGAGUAUCCGCCCCAUGGCAUAGGGGUAUAAUAUAGCAGCUGUGGAAAUGCUAUCAGAGACUGAGUAUCCGCCCCAUGGCAUAGGGGUAUAAUAUAGCAGCUGUGGAAAUGCUAUCAGAGACUGAGUAUCCGCCCCAUGGCAUAGGGGUAUAAUAUAGCUGUGGAAAUGCUAUCAGAGACUGAGUAUCCGCCCCAUGGCAUAGGGGUAUAAUAUAGCAGCUGUGGAAAUGCUAUCAGAGACUGAGUAUCCGCCCCAUGGCAUAGGGGUAUAAUAUAGCAGCUGUGGAAAUGCUAUCAGAGACUGAGUAUCCGCCCCAUGGCAUAGGGGUAUAAUAUAGCAGCUGUGGAAAUGCUAUCAGAGACUGAGUAUCCGCCCCAUGGCAUAGGGGU